ACGCGGUUACGCGCCCUUCCUUCUGUACAGCACUUAUUUCUCUUCUCACAAUCUCAUCAUCAUCAUAAUUCAAAAACCCCAUCUUCCCAUUCCCCCUCUGUUUUAAACACCCUCUCCCUUCCUUUUCUCCACCAAAGCUUCCAAAAGAGAGAGAGAGAGCUACUUUCUCAUUUUUCUUCUUCUCGAAAAACAUGCCGCUAAAUCUAGCGGCCCUCCUUGUGUCCUUAUUCUCGAUCUUGACCGUCGGUUACGGAGAAGAUCCUUACAGGUUCUUCACUUGGAAUGUGACUUACGGUGAUAUUUACCCACUUGGGGUCAGGCAACAGGGAAUUCUAAUAAAUGGGCAAUUCCCGGGGCCUGAUAUCCACUCAGUUACCAAUGACAACCUCAUCAUAAACGUUUACAAUAGCUUGACUGAGCCCUUCCUCCUUUCAUGGAAUGGAAUUCAACAGAGGAGGAAUUCAUGGCAAGACGGCGUUUACGGGACUAACUGUCCAAUCCCACCUGGAAAGAACUUCACAUAUAUGCUUCAAGUGAAGGAUCAGAUCGGUAGCUUCUACUACUUCCCAUCUCUCGCCUUCCACAAGGCAGCUGGCGGGUUUGGAGGGAUCAGGAUCCUCAGCAGACCCAGGAUUCCCGUACCUUUCCCCGAUCCAGAUGGAGACUACACCAUUCUCAUCGGAGACUGGUACAAGACUAAUCACACGGCCUUGAAAGCCAUACUCGACCGGGGUAAAAGGCUUCGUUUUCCAGAUGGCAUUCUCAUCAACGGUCGUGGCUCAAAUGGUGUAUCUUUCACCGUUGAACAAGGAAAAACUUACAGAUUCCGUAUAUCAAAUGUGGGAUUGCAAAAUUCUCUCAACUUCCGCAUCCAAGGCCACAAGAUGAAGUUGGUUGAAGUGGAAGGCACUCACACUGUCCAAACUACGUAUUCAUCCCUCGACGUUCAUGUGGGCCAAUCAUACUCUGUCCUGGUGACUGCCGAUCAGCCGGGCCAAGAUUACUACAUUGUUGUAUCCAGCCGUUUCACCAACCCUAUUCUUACCGCCACAGGUGUUCUUCACUAUAGUAAUUCUGCUGGCCCAGUCUCAGGCCCACCUCCAGGUGGACCUACCAUUCAGAUCGACUGGUCUCUCAAUCAGGCCCGCUCCAUCCGGACUAAUCUCACAGCCAGCGGGCCUAGGCCAAACCCACAGGGUUCAUACCACUAUGGUCUCAUCAACACCUCUCGAACCAUUGUCCUAGCCAACUCAGCUGGCCAAGUUAAUGGCAAGCAGCGAUACGGAGUAAACAGCGUCUCAUUUGUCCCAGCUGACACUCCCCUCAAGCUCGCCGACUUCUUCAAGAUCGGAGGUGUAUUCCGCAUCGGAAGCAUCUCCGAUAAGCCCACGGGUGGAGGUCUCUACCAAGACACUUCUGUCAUGGCAGCUGACUUUAGAGCCUACAUUGAAAUCGUGUUCCAAAACAAGGAAAACAUCGUUCAGAGCUGGCACCUCGACGGAUAUUCCUUCUUCGUCGUCGGGAUGGAUGGAGGGCAGUGGACAUCUGCUAGCAGGAACGGUUACAACCUUAGGGAUGCAGUAUCCCGUUGCACCACCCAAGUCUACCCCAAGUCAUGGACUGCAGUGUAUGUCCCACUCGACAAUGUCGGGAUGUGGAACCUGAGAUCAGAGUUUUGGGCACGCCAGUACCUAGGGCAACAGUUCUAUUUACGUGUUUACUCACCGGUAGAAUCUAUAAGAGACGAGUAUCCAAUCCCAAGGAAUGCCCUUCUCUGUGGCCGGGCGGCGGGCCGCCACACCCGGCCACUCUAAAACUGAUGCAGAUGUUCAAAAGAGUUGGGGUAAUUCCACUCAAGUAAGGUGCCAGCACUGAGGUAGGAGGUGGGUGGGCCCCCCUAAACACCAAGAGAAAGAUAUGAUUAUCACAUGUUAUUAAGCUUUGAAACGUGUUAUAUUGUAGUAAUGGUAAAUGACCCCAUCUCAGGGUCACAUUCUUUUCUUUUAGAAGGUAAGUGAAUCCCAAACAUUAUUUAAGUAUGAAUUAUUAUGAAAAAUGUAGAGCAAUUCAAAUAUUUCUACUUGUUUCUUUCUUCAAGGUUGAAUGGAAUAAAAAUGUCUUGAAUGGUUUUCAUC